AUGUCGUCGCCCUGGAAACAGCAACCCGAAGUGGUGGUGGAUAAGGUGCUCAAGCGGGCUGAAGUCAGCAAAAUCGCACGGAAACUACAAAAUCGUCUGGCCUUGGCACAGUUCAAAACCAAGCAUGGCUGGGAAGACCUCGCUUUCGAGACGAUCGAGCCCAAGGUGGAAGAGGAGAUGCGCCGCAAGAGGAUGUGCGAGGGCGAUGUCCUAUCCGACUCUUCUUCCAGCGCCUCCGACCUGCCCUACCCAUCGCGGGCGUUGAUGAGCUCGCCUCUCAAAGCCCCUCUCUUUUCCGAUGCCAUCGGGUCCAGCAACGGCAGCACCACUCGCCGCAAGAGGACCUUCAACGCCACUUUCGACUACGCACCUUCUAGUCCAAGCAAGCGCCUGCGGUCCUCCCCGACACCGAGCAAGUCUUUCCAUGGACACCAUGGUUGGAAGGGUAACCACCAACUGGCCCAGUCGUCGCCCCUCAAGCCAAGGCGACAGCAACACUUUACCACAUCUGCCGGUCCAAACGUCUCCCUUUAUCAAAGCACACGUAACUUCACAUUUGACCUGACGUCUCCCAACCUAACGACGUCAGAUGACGAGGAUGAUCUGCCGCUUCACUCCUUCCGGGCCCACGAUAUCCAUUCAUCGCCGCCGAGCACACCGCCCAUGCGCAACCGAGGACUGCCUGGUCGUUCCAUGCGUGAGCGGGGGUCCCCAGGGGCCAACGGCAAGAAUGGACAAGAAGGCGCAGACUUGCUCCUCUAUCUGGCAGCUUCCCCUUCGCCAGCGAUGCCGUCCACCAAGACGAGAAUGGACCCGCCUUCAACCCCGCCAUCCAAAUUCAACCGUGACAUGGGCUUGCCAUCUUCACACAUGACGACGCCAGGCGGCGGCAACCUGUUCCCCAGCACGCCGAGCCAAAACUUCGACUUUGCCGACUUUGUCAACAUCACACCCAGUCCUGCUCAGAAGCAUUGGAAGACGCCGGUCAGCCUGGCCACGGCGAAGACUCCAUUGAGUUCAGCCAGACGGCGUCUAACCUUUGACGACCCUUUGCUUUGA